AUUACUAGAUGUAGUUUUUGGUAUACUUCUUCCAUGAUUCUUGAAUCGAGAAUCGGAUAAUUUCGAAUAGAAGUGUUUAACAAAUUAUACAAUUUUUAAUUUAUAUUUAAUUCCUUAAAAAUGGAUCCAGAACAAAAUUUCUUUUUUCAAUUUAUGAAAAAAUUAUUUUAUCUAUUAGACGCACCAGUUGAAUAUUUUCGAGAAAAAAUAGUCGUACCAAAUCAAAAGAAAUAUCCAUGGUAUCAUCAAAAGUUUCGUCGUGUCCCAACAAUUGAUGAAUGUUAUGAAUCAGAUGUAAUUUGUCGUUGGGAAGCACAAAAACAAUUUGAACGUGAUAAGAUGGUUGAUGAUGAGGUCCUUAGUAUCUUGAGACAACGAUAUGAAGAUUGUGGUUGGUAUUAUGAGAAUGAUAAAGAUAAAUAUUGUAAUGACUUAUAUAAAAUUUAUCAAGAUGCAAGUACUGCAUGGUUUAUAAAAUAUGGAGAUAUUGGUAUACCACUAAGUGUAGUUGAUGCAUUCAUGAAACAAAAGCAUCGUAUGAUUUGGGAACGACGUCAUGGUCCAGUUGGUAGUGGUAUUACUAAUAAAAGAUAUGAUAUAUAAAUUAUUAAUUCAUCUCAAUUUGAGAUUACAGGUGCAUUUGCAUCAUUGUACAGAUAGAUACUCUGUAAAGAGAUAAAAUAAAUUAAUGUAUUAUAUUAUAAA